GCCGAACAACUUGCGAUGUGAACAUUUCAGACGUCGACGUGGCGUGGUGCCUUUCCUCCUCUUAUACCCAUCUUCUUCACUGGGGAGAAGACGAAGACCACAACCAUGUCUCUUCCCACCUUGAAUCCAACACUAAAAACCAAACGCUCCGUUACAGGCCACCACACCCUCCUUCCGUCCACCCAACCCCCUUCUCGGUCUCGCGCGUUCCACAUCAACACAAAGGAUUUAUUAAUUGCUCCUGUAGCAUGGACAAUCGGCCGUGGAAGUGUCAUAUGGAGAAUCUGGCCAGCUGUUUUGUUGCAUACUGCAUUUGCUGCUCUCAUCGUAUACCUCAAAAUUGUCCGCCACUUUGAUUCAUUGGCGAUUCCGAAUGUGUUGUUGACGGUUUUAGGUGUGGUCAUUGGGUUUGUGAUUAGUUAUCGGGCGAUGAGUGGAUAUGACCGAUAUUGGAUGGGCCGAGGUGCAUGGUCAGACGUUAUCCGUACCACUCGAACCAUGGCGCGUCUCAUCUGGAUACACGUCCCUCCAAAACUAUCAACGACAAAGAAAGAAGGCAUCGAACGCGACAUUGAAAUUGAAAAGGUGAUGGAGGAGAAGAGAAUGGCGUUGGAUCUAGUUGAAGGAUUCGCAGUCGCGCUGAAACACUAUUUACGUGGCGAAACUGGGAUUUAUUACGAGGAUUUAUAUGGAUUAGUGAGGCCGCUUCACGAACAUCGUAGCGAUACCCAAACAUAUACCGAAGUCGAAGUCGAAGUCGAAGGAUCUGAUAUCGCCCAAGGAAAAUCCACGGCUGUACGAACAAUCCAGCUUUCCUCACCCCAGGCUUCAACGUCCUUUGAUUUAGGACCUACAAACACAGACGGAAUCGAGACGCAAAAAUACGACCCGUAUAUCCCACCCAUCAACGCCUACGGAACUUUCAGGGCCUUUCACCGCAACCGUUCAACGACUUCGGUGUUGACGCAACCACUGAUGCCCUCACGGGUCCCUCCCUCAAACACGAACACGAGGAUUGAGAGAGGGUUGAUACCGUUCGCAGGUGUUUUUGCUGAGGUGUGGGCAUGGUGGUCGAAGAAGGACAGCGACAGCGACGAGACCAGACUUCAUAGAACCCACACAACCUCUCUGGGCAAACAUCGAAGCCAACCGAAAGAAAACCUACCCUGGGAAAUCCUCCGUUGCCUAAGUGAAUGGUUCAGCAUCCUCGAAGAACGUAGCACAGUGCCCGGUACCUCCCUCGGUGGACUGAUAUCGUCCAUCUCGACGUUAGAAGACUCUCUGGGCGUGUUGGACAAAAUUCUAACGACUCCGUUACCUUUUGUGUAUUCCGUGCACAUCCGACACACAGUUUGGAUUUACUUGUUCUUUUUACCGUUUCAACUUGUGCAGGAUUUCGAGUGGUAUACGAUCCUUGGGGUCGGGAUCGCGGCGUUUAUCUAUUUGGGGUUUCUAGCGGCUGGAGGGGAGAUUGAACAGCCUUUUGGUGCGGGGGAGGGAUCUUUGUUUUUUUGAAAUGUAAAAAAUAACCUGAACUGAACUCCCAUUUUUUUUUUUUUUUUCGUAGGCUACGAUGAGAACGACCUCGAGUUGGAUAUGUGGUGUCGGGAUAUUAUACAUGCGGAUAUCGAGAAGUUGAAGAGGAGUAUUUAUCUGAAUGCUCCUGCUACAUCUGAUGUUGGGGAGGACAGCUAGUUGGUAACUCGAGUAC